CGAUCCCGGCCCAAAUGCACAAUAUUUGUGGACCUCUUACAUUAUUAAAUAAUAAAUUCGAGGCCUUUUAUAUGCAGCAAAUCAAAAUUUAAUGUUGUAUUCAUUAUUUGAAAAUUAGGAGACGAGCCCAAAGGCGUUCCCCGCCAUUGGUUUUCGAUGAAAAAUAUCCCUCCAAUUUUGGAAACCCCCAAACCCUUGCACUUUCCAGAUCUGGCAGCAAUGGCAGCUUUCUCUCUCCCGCUCCACUCCUCAUUCACUCCCUCACCUUUCAAACCACAACUCUUCCGCCACUUACAGCGCCUCAAACUCGCUCCACAUGCUCGUCCUCCCGUGCUUUCCUGCGGCAGCAACGCCGCCGCCGUCACCGGGCCAACAGGAAACGAAGUCGUGGUCAACGGGAUACCGCCUGAUUAUUACGCCGACGGUGGUUCAGUUCAGCUUCCCCCAAGUCUCCAGAGAGAGUUGAUGCCGAACCACGUCGCGGUAAUUAUGGACGGUAACAGGAGGUGGGCCGGCUCGAGGAAUUUCCCAAUCGUCUUCGGUUACGAAGCUGGCUUUAGGGCCUUCAAGCGGCUGAUCGAAUUGGCUUGCAAUUGGGGGAUCGGGACUCUUACGGUGUUCGCUUUCUCAUCUGAAAAUUGGUGCAGACCUAAGGCGGAGACUGAUUUGUUGAUGGGAUUGUUCGAGCGAAUAUUGAGAUUUGAGCUGGAGCACUUCAUGAGAGAGAACAUAAGGAUAUCUCUUAUUGGGGAUGCUACAAAACUGCCCAAGCAAUUACAGUCACUGCUAGUUGAUGCAGUGGAAGCCACACAAAACAACUCGCGCCUUCACCUGAUCGUGGCAGCUAAUUAUAGUGGUCGAAGUGAUGUUGUGCAAGCUUGCCGAAAAAUUGCAUUCAAAGUCAAAGAUGGUCUCAUUGACCCGAAUGAUAUCAACGAGUAUUUAGUUGAAAGGGAGCUCGAAACAAGCUGUACUGAUUUUCCACACCCUGAUCUGCUAAUACGGACUAGUGGCGAGCUUAGAAUGAGUAAUUUUCUUUUAUGGCAGCUGGCCUACACUGAACUGUAUUUUACGAAUGCGCUUUGGCCUGAUUUUGGAGAAUCCGAGUUUUUAGAGGCCUUGUGUUCCUUUCAGCAAAGGCAGAGACGCUAUGGGGGAAAUCUUUGAAUUCAGAGGUGCAAAUAGCUUUGAGGUGGAAUAUGCCUAUAGUAUAUGUAUAUAUAAAAAUGUAGGUGUAUAUUUAUAACUUAUAACACACACAGUAUAUAUGUAUAUACGAUUCUAAUUAUAUAUAUAAUACAUGAAGACAUGUUACUAAAACGUGUUUCUAUUUUUUCGGAAAUUACAAAAAUUGUCCAACACGUGUUGGACAGGCGUAGAGAGGCUAGACUUGAUGAGUGAUAUCCUGAUCAAGUCUUCAUGAGAAAUAUCUACGUCUACCUUCCAAUGGAACACAAUUCGAUACAUCAGGUUUCUUAGGGCAAAAGAACCUGUCAGGCUUAAUGGGCACUUCUCGUGGGGGCUAUUGGUUGCUGCAAGCAAAUGGUUUUCCGACACAUCACACAAUAAAGCCGAAUGUCCAUAUCAUCUCUUUCGUCAAUUAGAGGGAGUUGGUGAGAAAGAGAAGUGAGGAGAAGGUG